AUGCGCUGCCAGCAACGCCUCCUUCGCCUGGCCCAGCGCACCCUCGUCCCCUCUCCUCGCACCCGACCAUCCCUGCCCACCCCAACAGAGGCACCGAUAGCGUCACCGAUCGCCGCAACAAGAUGCAUCUGCACCACGACUGCCCUCUCCAAGGCCAAGGGAAAGGCCAAGGCUCCCCGCUCCGAUCCCGACAACCCAGAGGACAAGAAGUGGUCCCACACCCUCCAGCUGCCCACCACCAGCUUCGAGAUCCGCGCAAACGCUGCAAAGCGCGACGCCCUCUUCCACAGACGCACCUGCCACGAUCUGUACAAGUGGCAGCUGGAUAGACCCGCAUCACACCCCUCGUCUUCAUCGCCAUCGUCACCAGCGCCAGCCACCGGCGACUUUGUCUUCCACGAUGGCCCGCCCUAUGCCAACGGCUCGCUCCACUGCGGACACGCCCUCAACAAGAUCCUCAAGGACAUUGCGAAUCGCUACCACCUGCUGCGCGGCAAGCGCGUCCACUUCAUGCCCGGAUGGGACUGCCACGGCCUCCCCAUCGAGAUGAAGGCCCUUGCCCACCUCCGCACACACGAGCGCGACGCCCUCGCACCCACCCUCAUCCGCCAGCGCGCAAAGCAGGAGGCCACUGCGGCGAUCGAGACGCAGAAGGACGAGUUCAACCAGUUCGGCAUCAUGGCAGACUGGACCCCGGCGGCCACCUACCGCACCCUCGACCCCGCCUACGAGGCUAGACAACUCAAAAUCUUCGGCGAGAUGGCGCGCAGGGGGCUCAUCUACCGCCGCUUCCGCCCAGUCUACUGGUCGCCUUCGAACCGCACCGCCCUUGCAGAGGCGGAGCUCGAGUACAAGGAGGACCACCUCAGCAAGGCCGCCUAUGUCAAGUUCGAUCUCGUCCCCGGCCAGGCGCUGCUGUCCAACCUCGCGGCAGCAGGCGUUGCAGACGGCGAGGGCAUCAAGGCGGUCGUGUGGACCACGACGCCCUGGUCGCUCGCCUCCAACAUGGCCAUCAACGUCAACCCGGAGAUGGAGUACAGCAUCGUCCGCAGCGAAUCGCUAGGCGAGACCAUGGUCAUCGCCACAGACAGGGUCGAGGCCGUCUCGGGCCUCGCGGUGUACGCGUCCACCGUAGCGUCCGACGCAAGAACGCCCAUCGGGGAGCUGCGAGAGCUGCUGCGGCUAAAGGGCACCGAUCUGCUCGAGUCGCAGUACCGCACCCCGCUCAUGAGCAGGGAUGCGCCCGCUCGACCGGUGCUGGCGGCCGACUACGUCACUGCCGUCUCGGGAACGGGCCUGGUCCACUCGGCGCCCGCCCACGGCAGCGAGGACUACGACGUCUGGCGAUCGCACGGGCUGCUCGAGACCGUCGGCAUCUUUUCGCCCAUCGACGACCGCGGAUGCUACACGGCCGACCUCGAGCAGCUCGAUGGAGCCGGCGCUGGCGCCGGCGCCGACGCCAUCAGCCAGCGGCUCGUUGGCAAAGAGGUGCUGGGCGAGGGCUCCAAGGAGAUCCUGGCCAUCCUCGCCGAGCGUGGCGCGCUGCUCAGCACCCACACGCUGCGUCACAAGUACCCGUACGACUGGCGCUCCAAGCUGCCGGUAAUUGUGCGCGCCACCUCUCAGUGGUUCGCCAACCUGGACCAGAUCAAGGACGCCGCCAUCAGGGCGCUCGACGACGUCACCUUUGUCCCCGCGUCGUCGCGGGUGCGCCUCGAGUCGUUCGUCCGCGGCAGGUCCGAGUGGUGCAUCUCGCGGCAGAGGGUGUGGGGCGUGCCGAUCCCCGUCGUCUACGACGCCGCCACCGACGAGCCGCUGCUGACGGGCGAAAACGUCGACCACAUCGCGGCGCUGCUCGAGGACAAGGGCACCGACUACUGGUGGCAGGCCGACGCCGAGGAGCUCGUGGCGCCCCGGUACCGCGAGGCGGGCAAGGCGUGGCGCAAGGGCGAGGACACGAUCGACGUGUGGUUCGAUAGCGGCACGUCGUGGGCGACGGCGUGGGACAGCCUGCCGUCCGACGUCCAGGAGGCGCGGCGCGGCGGGCCCGUGGCCGACGUCUACCUCGAGGGCUCCGACCAGCACCGCGGCUGGUUCCAGUCGUCGCUGCUGACGUCGGUGGCGACGGCGCCCGAGGGCCAGGUGCCCGCGGCGCCCUUCCGCACCGUCGUGACGCACGGCUACGUGCUGGACAAGGACAACCGCAAGAUGAGCAAGAGCCUCGGCAACACCGUCUCGCCGCUCGACAUUGUCCACGGCGGCAAGGGCCGGGACCAGCCGGCCUACGGCAUCGACGUGCUCCGGCUGUGGGCGGCGCGGAGCGACUACACCACCGACCUGCCCAUCGGCUCGCUCAUUGUCGGCAAGACGUCCGAGGCGCUGCGCAAGCUCCGCAACACGGCGCGCUUCAUGCUGGCCAACCUGCCGCCCGAGGCCGACGUGGCGCCGCUCGACGCCGCCAGCAUGGGCCUGGCGGACCGUUACGCGAUGCACGAGCUGGCCACGCUCGAGGCGGCGUGCGCCCGGGCGUACGAGGCGUUUGACUACGCCCAGGUGGUCCGGCGCGUGACCGAGUUCGCCAACGGCACCCUCUCGACGCUCUACCUCGACCUCGCCAAGGACUGCCUGUAUGUCGAUGCGCCGCACGGCCCGCAGCGGACGUCGAUGGUGUCGGUCAUCGACCACAUCCUGCGCACAUUCACCAGCAUCGUCGCGCCCAUCGCGCCCUUCCUGGCAGAGGACAUUCACCACUACCGCAACGGCGCCACGGCCGACCCGGAGCCGAGCGAGUCUGAGGCCGGUCGCUCGGUAUUUGCCAGGGGAUGGCAGGGCGUCGAUCCCGCGUGGCGGGACGACGCGCUUGCAAGAGAGGUUGAGCAGCUGCUGCGUGCUAGGGACGUUUCGUUGUCGCUCAUCGAAGACGCCAGGCAGGCUGGCCACGUCAGGACGUCGUUUGAGGUCGAGGUGGACCUGCUGGUCGCUCCAGGGCCGGGCGCCGACGGCGAUCUCGGCAGCAUCAUCCGCCGUCACGAAUCGCACCUGACCCGACUGUUCAACGUCGCGCGCGUCAACGUGGUCGACAAGGUGGCGCCGACGCCGGACGCGCCCGCAGAUGCGCAGCCGUGGAUCAAGUCGGCCGAGGUCGAGGCGGCCGCGACACAAGGGGAGCGGGUCGAGGUGCGGGUGCGCGCGUCGAGCCGCACCCGAUGCCCGCGCUGCCGCACCUUCCGGAAGGAGAGGCCAGAGGACGCGCUGUGCCUGCGCUGCGCAGACGUCGUGGGCAUGUAG